AGGCAACUGUACUGUGAGUCCUAUCCAAAGUGUAGGCGACAUUGAUGUUCAGCUUCUGAACAGCUCAAGAUCAGGAGCAGGAAUAGAGAUGGUUAGCAUGAAAUCUCCUUCACAGCUGUUUCACCUGGACAGUACCUAUAGAUAUACAGGUCAGAAAACUGUGAGAGGCAUCUUGUGCGAUGUUUUUGAGUCAGUAAGGACUAAUUUACACAUUGGAAUAACAGAUGGCAGUGUACAACACCCAAUCUUCCAGUAUUUCUUUAUAUCUAGUGACUGGUCAUACAUUGCUGACAAUGAAGAUGAUGCUACAUUGCAAGCACCUUUGAUGCUUACUGUGACAGACGCUGAGGCAAAGGUGUACAUGAUUUACAGUUUCUUUGACUUCAAUGAUGAGUAUUUGACUUCUCAGAACUUUGACAUAAGCCCAUGCUUUUCUGAUAAUCAAAGGAUUGACUUUGUCAUUGAUUUUAAUCAGACUUAUUAUCCAUACCUGGCAACACGUGAGUGGGACUUCAAAGAACAAGUUCAGUUGAAACUAUCAUCCUUGCUCCGAAUAUCACCACUGCGUCUGCAGGAUCUACAGGUUACAUACAAUUCAGACCAAACAUUUCUUGUUGCCACAUUGCUUGAAACUGUGGCGCCUCAACUUAAUUUUGGUGAGGAUGGGUCUACUGCACCAUACCAUGCCACUAAAAUGGUGCCAGACUCUGAUGUUGUAAGCUGUGCCAAUGUGUGCUAUAAUAGUACUAGCAUGCUGUGCAACAGCUUUGAUCUGUGUGAUGAUAAAACCUGCUUACUCAGCACCCUCCAUGUCCCAGAUGGCAAUGCCACUGGACAGUCAGGACACUGCCGCCAUUUUUCUCGAUUAACAAAUGCUACAUACGCGGAACCACCUUUGGAAAGAGCAUAUGCCAUCAUGAAGGAUUUGGUCUACAAAGGUUUGCUUAGCAUUCAGAUACCUGUUCCUGGAAAUGAAUCACAGAAUGCCACCUACACUGCAAAGGGCAUCAGAAAUGAUAUUUUACGUUCAAAGCCCCCAAGUGAUACUGAAGAAGGGGACCUUCACAAGUUCACAGUUUCUGAUAAUAAUAUGAGGAUGCGUGAACCAAGACUGGCAAUUACUGGGUUAGCAGUGGAUGACUGUGCCUCAUCCUGUCUCAGCGAGCAGUACUUUGAUUGUGAAGCUUUUUCAUUUUGCUACGAUGUUGGGAACUGCUUUCUCCAUGAUGUUUGGCCUGUAGACCACCCUGAGCUUCUUGAUACGUCCUCCUCCUGUGACCUCUACAGACGACUUUACAUCGAUGAGUUUAUAGAGUACCCAGGCCAAAUCCUGGAAAGUGCAGCAGAUAUAGUCCUGAAGGCAUCGUCUGUAGAGAUGUGUGCCAGGCAAUGUUUCCUGGGCCCAGGUUAUCCGUACAGCUGUAGAUCUUUUGACUUUUGCCCUGGCACUAAUGACUGCCUGCUCCGCCAUGUGCAUAUGAUAGACAUAGAACCAUCUGCAGUGGUAAUCAACUCUACAUGCACCCACUUCUCUAGAAACUACCUCAACGACUUUGAUAAGAUGACCAACAAAGUGUUGCCUAGCCUUUGUUGUGAUGUGGUUUAUAAAGAUGUUUCACCACUUAAGUGUGCUGCUUUGUGUCUUGACGACCUGACCUGCCAGAGUUUUGAGUACUGUACUGGAGAAUGUCAUUUUUCCUCUACAACUGCAAAGCUAAAUCCAAGCAUGACAGUCAGUGGAACAUGUGAUCUUUAUAUAAUGCAAGACGAAGCAAGAGAGGUGGACAGAGCACCCACUGUUACUCCACAGGCUCCCUCUUCCAGUGCAUCCCCUGUCCCACCAAUACGGUCUCCAAUAUUAUCAAUCCAGACUCUUCCAAGACACAGUGCCUUGAUUGCAAUAAGUGAUGCCACAGAUUGCCCACAGAAAACUGUAGACGAAGAUUCAAGUAAUACUGGUAAUACUGGGCCACGUGUUGGUAUCGCCUUUGGAGUCCUGAUUCUGGGCAUGAUCAUCGGAGCUGUUAGUGUCCUGCUAGUUCACCGUUAUCUCAUUCGCCGUGUGAAAACUGACACAAUAGAGCUACAGUCUGGUUCUCACUGAGAGCACCCAGCACUUUGGACCUGCAAUUGUGGGUGUGUGAGAGAGAGAGAGAGCGCGAGUGUGCAUUUACCAGAUUGUAAGACUGAAUGGUGUGUGUGUGUGAGAGAGAGAAGAUAAAUAUAUAUAGAGAGAACUGUUAUUUAUCUUUAUAUAUCUGUGUAUCAUAGCAGACAUGAUAAAGUCAAAAAUAUUUUUA